GGGUCAAACGAAGAUGUUGAAGCACUCGAGAAGUUGUUUGAAGCACUGGAUUUUAAAGUGAAAAUUGAAAGAAAUAAGGGAAGAAAAGAGAUUUUAGAGAUAUUAGAUGACAUUGCUCAAUAUGAUCACACACACUAUGACUGCUUUGUUUUAUGGCUUAUGAGUCAUGGCCAAGAUGGUCAAUUCUAUGGGUCCGAUGGAGAGACAGUUCCCAUUGAGUCUGUGCGAGACUUUUUGAGUAGUACAGAAUGUCCAACGUUAAAGGGAAAGCCAAAAAUCAUUUUUAUUCAGGCAUGCAGAGGUCCCCGUAAAGAACAAGGUGUUGUAGCUGAUGCUCCACAGAGCCCCACCGAGCAAGGCCGGGAACCAUCAACUAAUGACAGUGAAGAGAGCAGUGACAGAGACUUUAACUUUAAACUUAGUAAGGCUAUUCCAGUGCAUGCAGAUAUUUUGAUUGCAAAUUCGACUAUCAGUGGCUAUGCAUCAUUCAGAAAUCCACGUCAAGGAAGCCGUUUUGUCCGCUGUAUUGUGGAGGUUUUUUGUGAGCAUGCAUGCCAUGAGGAUCUGCUUAGCAUGCUCACUAUGGUGAAUCAGAGGAUCAGCGAAAUGGGUGAAAUUACGACAAAGCAAGUGUCAGAGCCGGCAUAUACCUUGACAAAAAAGUUAUUCUUUUGGCCUGGACUGUAAUGAACAGGUCAUUGCAGUAUGCACUGGUUUACUUUUUAGAAACUCUUACUGUGCAUGUAACUCAUGAUAGUUUCUGAGUAGCUUGUUAAUUUGGAGGGAAACUGCUUCAACAUACACGUACCAUAUUAAAAAUAGUGUAGCAAGAUUCAU